AUGGAUCUUUCAUGGCUGCUCGGCCAUGCCCGGGUUUCUUUUCACCACUCGAAGGAGACUAUCACUCUGGCCUCCAAGUCUGGAAAGACAGCGCUCUCCGACAUCUGCAAAGCAGUCACACCUCCUUGUAAAUUGAACCCUCUGCUAUUCAAUGGUCAUUUGCAUACUGCCUGGACUGCAGUAAAGGCCGCCGGACCUCCCAUCAUCUACAAGCGUCACAUCUUCGAGUCCGACGACUCUCGGUUUGCCGGCACUUUCUCUGUUGACUUUGUGGCCCACAAGCAGGCACCAGAAGAAGAUCCCACUCUGCCUCCACGUACAACUUACUUCACCGAAGACGAGUUUGCAAACAUUGGCAGUGAUGACACGAAGCCCAUGUUGAUCACACUACACGGACUCAGUGGUGGUUCCCACGAGAUAUAUCUCAGACAUGUGUUGGAGCCAUUAGUGGAUCAGAGUGAGCAAGGCGACUGGGAGGCCAUUGUCGUAAACAGCCGUGGCUGCGCUAUGAGCAAGAUUACUACGGGCAUCUUGUACAAUGCGAGAGCUACUUGGGAUUUGCGACAGACGGUCAAGUGGUGCAGAAAAAUGUACCCCAAUCGUCCUCUGUAUGCUAUUGGUUAUUCUUUGGGUGCCAACAUUCUCACAAAUUAUUUGGGCGAGGAAGGUGAUGCAUGUGAGCUGCAAGCUGCUGUGCUUUGUUCUAACCCCUGGAAACUCGAAGUCGCCUGUCGUGCUUUGCAACGUACCUGGCUUGGUCUGAAUGUCUACUCAAAGACAAUGGGGUCUAGCAUGAAGAAGCUUUUCGCACAACACGCAGAGCAGGUGGUGACAAUGGGUAAUAUUGACCCGGAGAGGGUUGCAAAGUGUACAUAUCUACACGAGUUUGACAGAGAGAUCCAGUGCGCGACCUGGGGAUACCCGACAGCAUACGCAUACUACCGCGAUGCAUCUUCAGCAGAUUCAGUUACUGCCAUCCGCAUUCCAACCUUUGCUAUCCAUGCCGAAGACGACCCUAUCGCUGUGGAUGAGGCAGUUCCUUACGAGGAGAUCGAGCAGAAUCCGUACGUGGUCAUGUGCUCGACAUCGACCGGUGGUCACUUGAGUUGGUUUGAAGUAGGCGGAACAAGAUGGUUCUCCAAGCCGGUAUGUUUUUGUGUUUGCGGCGUCGGUGAACAGAAUGCUGAUCCCAUGAUAGGCAGUGAAUUUCCUCCAGAAGAUGGCACGUGA